ACGGUGCAUGCUCGGGAAGCCUGGUGCCGUUUCAGCAUACGAGUUGUGCGCUGUUCGUGAGACACGAAAGAGGUUAUAAACCCGUUCCUCCCUUCCGUGACGAGUCUAUUUCAGCUCUCUAGUUUUUCUUCAGUCUGAGAUUAAAAUCCUACGAUAGACCACAUCCUCCGGGUAUUUUUUUUUUGUUUUUUGUCAGUGGUACCUUUCCACGGUCACAUCCAAUCCGCCUCUCCGGCAGCCAAAUCGCGACCUACAUACAAAUGAUGUUCCCCACGUUCGUGAGCACAAUGGUGGCUCUCCUCUACGCUCUCGAUACUUGCAAUGCGAAAGACCUCGAAGAACGGGAAUUGACUCUGAACGAUGCGCAGCAAUCCUCGUAUGCGGCCGCGCUGGCCAACGUAGCCACCGCCUACGCCGCCGUCCCCAGCAUAACUGCAUUCCUGGCCGCCGGCUCCUCCUUCGAAUCCGUCUUCAUAGCCACACAGACGAUCGCACCGGGCGCGGUCAUGGGCGAAACCACCCUCGACGAUAAGGUUCUCAUAGCUUUGAGCAAGGAGUACUCGGAGAAGGUACUGCACUUUGUGGCGACCCAGACGUUUGUGGAUGGCUCGGCGAAGAAAAGUUUGGCCGCGGAUUUUAAGGCGCUUUUGCCCGUGCCUGGUGCUGCGGUCCGGGACAGGGCGGGAAUGGCUGCUGUGGUGGUGGCGGGAGUGGCGGCUGGCGUGGCGGUUGUUGCGGCGUUUUAAGAGGAGUUGAUGGUUAUAGAGCUUAGAAAUUGACACCUGUGCUGUACAAUUCCGGUUGAGCUGAGCUCCUUGCUAAUGGAAAUCUAUC